ACAGGACUGUAUCCGCGGACAGAGGAGUACACUACAUUUUUCCUCACCGGAAACGAAAACUGCCGCGUUAAUUGUUUGACGAAACACCCCUACGCGUAAAUUGUUCUCAAUUGUAAGUUUUUGGGAAAACAAUUUCGUGCUUAGGGCUCAAGUGAAUGCAGUUUCUGAAAAAUUUCCCGGAAACGAGACAAAAUCGCUUUUAAAAAGACCAUUCAUGAUUGGUAAAGCAAUUAUUUACUCGCUUUUGGUUUGAUUCUGCUCUUCAUCAGGUACCUCUCCAUUGUUUUGUUCUUCAAUUCUUUUUCUGAACUUUGUGUUUUUGCUUUAGAAACAUGUGAAUUGUUAGAAACUUGUUUGUGCUUUCUUUGUUGUUCUUCAAUCUUUUUGGUGUCUAUACGUGUUAUUGUUUUUAUGUUGUUUACAAGAAACAAGAGAAAUAUUUUUGAAAAGUGAGGAUGUAAGUUGUUGAGAGUUCUGGUAAAUGCUAUGCUUGGUGAAUUACAAGAGUUAGCAAUAUGUUACUUAAAUGUGUAUUUGUGGAAGAUAACUAGCUUAGAUGCUAAUCCCCUUGUUUACUCAAAUGUAUUGAAUUUUGGAUUGUCCUGAGGCCCUUGAUAUGGCUCUUGCCUACUAUGUAGAUUGAUUCAUAUCUCAUUGAAAUGGUGGGAUUGGAGGAAUUAUAGUAGUAAUAAGGACAAAAUUGCGCAGUCGUCUAUCUAAUCAAUCAUGAAAAGUAAAUGCCCCCAAAUCUAGUUUACUUUUUAUGAGUAAAUGGUGGGAUUGCUAGUGUUAGAUUUGGCUAAGUAUUGCAGUUUGAUGAAGUGAUUUUCUUUCCCUUCAUUUUGUAUUUGGUUUGUAAAACUAUGAGCUGGCUUGAAAUUCAACCUGGCAUUGUUUAAAAUGACUAGUUGUUGGUGCCUUGAUUCUUGCGGGGAAGAGAAGGCUCAUGAAUCUAAUUCCACUGCGUUUGAUCACGUUCUUGAAUGAAUGGGAAAUCAGGUCAUUCAUUAUCCUCAGCCUCGCAUUGCAGAUUUUACUGACCAUGUUGGGUAAUCGCAGGAAGUAUGUAUGCAAACUUUGGAUGAGAAUCAUCCUUUGGUGUGCUUACGUAUUAGCAGAUUGGGUGGCAUUCGUUUCACUUGGCAUCAUCGCAAAGAGCACACUUGAUGAGUACCAGAAAAAGACUACUAUUGAUGAUCCUGGGAUUGAACUGAGGUGGUUUUGGGCUCAGUUCUUUCUGCUGCAUUUGGGCGGGCCUGACACCAUCACAGCAUAUUCUCUCGAAGAUAAUGAGCUGUGGCUGAGGCGUGUGGUGGGGAUGGUUAUUCCAACUGGACUUGCCUUUUAUGUACUACUCUUUGCUUUCCCAGGUUCUUAUUGGCUUCCUUCUUUGAGCGUGCUCAUCUUUGUAGCCGGUGUAAUCAAGUACGCAGAGCGCUUGUCCAGCCUCUAUGCUGCCCAUGGUGAGAACUUCCGCAACGCCAUGCUUCCAGAGCCUGAUCCGGGACCCAACUACCCGAAAUUUAUGGAAGAAGUUGCUAUGAAGAAGGCUGAGGGAUUCAAUGUUGAGGUGGACCACCAUGUUAUAGAUAUCCCUGUUCUUGUAAAGCAUGAGUUCCCUGACGAACCCAGAUUACACGAAGUUUAUGACCUAUACAAAAUAUUUAAGCCCCUCUCUGCAGAUUCAAUCUUGAGUUUUCAAGAUCGAGACAGGAGUGAGUCCUACUUCCUGAGGUUCUCAUGGGAGCAAGCUUUUCAUGUUGUGGAGAUUGAGCUUGGUUUCUUGUAUGAUGAGCUGUACACAAAAGCGUCUGUUGUAUACAAUCAACGAGGCUAUGUGUGUCGGGUUAUCACUUUAACUCUUACUAUAUUCUCCUACCUAGCGUUUAUUUUCAUUCGCAAGAACAGGAAAUACUCUCUACUCGACUUGGCAAUUACUCACUUGUUGCUUGUGGUGGCUAUGUUCUUAGAAGCGUGCGGCGUUUGGAUUUUUAUUGACUCAGAUUGGACACGUCAGUGGCUGACCAGGCGCGACAAAUUAUCUCGUCCUGGUCGCGUGAUUAAAUGGUUUCAGCAGCCAAUCAAGAAGAGGUGGUCCAAGAAAAUGGCUCAAUACAAUCUGCUUGAUCUUUGUGUUAGGGACAAAUCUGCAGUGUGCCCAAGAAGCUACAGGUUUCUUUCGAGCAUCAGAAAGAUUACUAUAUUGGAUCAUUACGUUGAAAAGCACCAGCACAAGUAUUUCGUAGACGUCUCCGUUGACCUGAUGAAGCUAAUAUUCACGGAGUUGAGGAGCUACACAGCUGUUUCUGAUCGUGCAGGCAUAUGGAGCAGAAAGGGGAGUUUCACUCUUGAAAAGUACACCUCUCUCUCUCUUGACUGGAUGCGAGAGAGAGAGUUUCAUGAGAGAAUCCUCCUGUGGCACAUUGCUACAGACAUUUGCUACUCAAAAGAUUGGGGUGAUGACAAUCGAACCAACACAGACGAGAGGAAGCAAACCGCAGACCACAGCAAGCAAAUAUCCGAGUACAUGAUGUAUCUCCUCGUCGUCUACCCUUUCAUGCUGCCACAAGGGAACGGGAUGAGAAGAUUACGUGACACUUGUGCUGAAGUCAGAGUUUUCCUAGAAGGGAGAGAUGCAGCAAUAUUCAGCAAAGUUGAGGUUUGCAAGAAGCUGCUCGAGGUGAACACUGAAGUGCCACCGGCUAAAGUGAAGGGUGACAGGAGCAAAACCGUGCUGUUUGAUGCUUGCAUACUGGCUAAGGCCCUCUUAGCAGAGGGGAAGAGGUGGGAGAUUAUAAGCAAAGUGUGGAUGGAGAUGCUGGCUCACGCCGCCACAAAUUGCAGCGGCUACCACCACGUCCGCCAGCUGCGGAAGGGGGGAGAGCUGCUCAGCCAUGUUUGGCUUCUCAUGGCACAUUUAGGUAUCACUGAGCAGUUUCAGAUAUCUCAAGGUCAUGCUAGAGCUAAAAUGCAAGCAAAAUAGAUUCUUUAAUUAAUUAUUCUUUACAGGAUUAAGUUGUAGUUAUAUGCUCAUUUACUUCUAAUUCAUGUGUAAAUACAUCUUGGGUGCAUCUUUUUACUUGGUUUUGAGUUUAUGUUAUUUUUGGGUGUCUGUUGUAGAUGAGAUGAUGCCCAAGUUCUUUGUUA